AUGUCAUCUACUCAACAUCGUUGUGCUGCUUGCCAUAUGCUUGGACAUAGCAGAAGUACUCAUAAGCAAUGUCUCAUGAACCCAAAGAACAUUUCUCUCCACAUUCCUCAAAAGAGAACUAAUGUAGAUGAAUAUCCUGCAGAAAGUAGCCAAACUGCUGCCUUGAGAAUAAGAAGUGAGCCUGUCCAAGACCAAAAUUUGGACAUAGAAACAUCGACUUUUAUUUCAGUUUCUGAGUUGACUGAAUUUCCACUCGCAAAUGAGACUAUUACUGAAGUUCUUGAAGCAGUCAUGGAAGAAGAGAUUGAGGAGACUUCAUCUGAUGAAGAAGUGACUGGAAGAGAAGAAGAAGUCGAGGUCACUUUAUCUGACGAAGAAGUGACUGGAAGAGAAGAAGAAGUCGAGGAGAUUUCAACUGUGAAUAGAGGAUCAAUUUUACCCCAUUGUCCUCACUGUAAUGGAACUGAUCAUCGCCAAAUUACAAGCAGAUUUUGUCCAAACAAUAACAGUAGCAGAGCAAGAGGAUCUAGAAAUCGAGGCAGAGGCUUGAAUAAUAUUGCCCGACUUCCAGCUAUUUCAGAACCAGCAGUUGAUAACAGGGGAGAUAUGGAUAUCGAGUGUCGAUUUUGUGGGGCAAUGAUGUGGGCACAUGAAAAAAACAGUCGUUCUUCUUUAAGAAGCCCCACGUUCUCUAUGUGUUGUAACAAAGGAAAGCAUGUUCUCCCCCAAAUUGAGCCAACACCUACAGGAAUUGCUGAGCUUUUGAACUAUAGAACACGUGAUGGAAAGAAGUUUCUUGAAAACAUUCGAAGCUAUAAUAGUACAAUGAGCUUUACUUCUUUGGGAGCUAAAAUUGAUACAUCUGUUGGCAACAAUAUCAAUGGGGCAUACAACUUCCGGAUUCACGGAACAAUUUGUCAUAGAAUUGGAUCUAUUUUGCCAGUGACAGAAUCUGAUAUUGCUCACCCAAAAUUCGCUCAGAUCUAUAUUUAUGAUAGUGCUGCUCAGAUAGAUCAAAGACAGUACCAUUCCCCACAAUUGGAGAGAAGUGUUUUGGAGAAGAUUCAGUCCAUUCUUAUGGAAACAAAUCUAUUCGUACAUCUCUUCAGAACAAUGGAUCGAAUUUCUCGGGAAAAGGGACAAUCUAUAGAUCUCACUUUGCGUUUAGUAGCUGAGGGGCCUCGGGAUCAAAGACGGUACAAUGCUCCAACUGCAAGUGAAAUAGCAGUUCUUAUUAUGAAUAAUGAAGAGGGUACUUCAAGAGACAUUGUGCUGCACACCAGAGCCAACUUCCAACAGAACAUCAAUGAGUACAACCGAUCUUAUGAUGCUUUACACUAUGUGCUACUCUUUCCACAUGGUGAAGAUGGUUGGACCAUUGAUGCCAGCUCAUUGUCAGGAGAGCAUGUCACAGUAAUGCAAUGGUACUCAAACCGUUUGAUGUAUCGACACAACACACAGCACCUCCUCCAUCUUUUUGGCCGUCUCUUUCAACAAUAUAUUGUUGAUAUGUAUGCCAAAGUUGAGCACGAUCGGCUGCACUUCAUCACCAGCAAUCAAAAUCGUCUCCAUGUAGAUCUUUAUAGUGGAAUUCAGGAUGCUGUUAUCCAUAACGAUUGUGGGACGGGAAAGACAUUUGUCUUUAAUGCCUUGCUUCAAAAAACUCGCCAACAAGGAAAAAUUGCUCUUGCAGUAGCAACAAGUGGAAUUGCUGCAUUGCUGCUAGACAUUCGUCUUGCAUUCGCAAUGACAAUAAACAAGUCACAAGGUCAAACUCUUAAGAGUGUUGGAUUAUAUCUCCCUGCCCCAGUAUUCUCCCAUGGCCAGCUGUAUGUUGCUCUAUCCCGGGUCAGAAAACCUUCUACAAUCAAGAUAAUGCUUGAUACACCAGCAAAUUCCAACGAAACGGCAAAUACUGUAUUUACAGACAAUGUUGUAUUUAAGGAAGUCUUUGACAUUUAG